AUGAGUGCCGCAUCCGAGACAGGUUCUCAAUGGGGUUGGCUAUGUCUGGCUGUUUUGGUCAUACUUGCCGUGAGAUACCAUUACGCUCCGUCUUCUGUCCUCCUCGAAUCGAAAGCGCAACAGAACCCCUCGAUGGCCUCCGCACCACCUGCGGAGAAGAUUCAGGACGGGCCCCUACCAACGCGCUUGAUCGUUUGCGUCGACGGAACCUGGGGUGGGCCAGAUGGCACGUUCGGAAGCCCAGAAGGGAAUAUCAGCACGGUGUUUCGAGCCUUUGCAUCCGUGAAAGAAGGCCCUGUUACGGACCAGGUGACAGGAAAACGGUGGCAACAGCAACGAAUGUAUUUCAAUGGUCUUGGAGAUAAGGGAAAUGCCAUGAAGAACUUGUUCUCGGGCGCCUUUGGGUCUGGACUUCCAGCCGAGAUCGAAAAAGUGUACGAUUACUGCUGUCGCAAUACCAAUGGCCCGAACGACGAGAUCUAUUUCUUCGGAUUCAGCCGUGGCGCAUUUACAGUUCGUGCCGUGGCGAACCUCCUCUGUUACAUGCAUGUACCCAAGGACUUGCACGAUUUCUCAAAGCAUUACCAAGAGAUGUUGGAGCUCUACCCCGAUGUCAGAGCGCCGAACAAAAACGUAAACGGACAGACCCAUCAUCACUUCAUCCGCAGUACAACACCUCCCGUAGUACGUUUUGUUGGGGCUUUCGACACUGUGAAGGCAUUCACAGACCAUGGCUUGUUCGAUGUUUUGCCCCACCCCCACAUUCAGCAUUACCGUCAUGCAUUGGCCCUCAAUGAGGAGAGAGAGCAGUUCAAACCAGAGACAGCGACACCCGAUAUCAACGCAGCAUCGUCAAAACACAGAAUCUUACAGGCUUGGUUUGUUGGUACACAUGAGGACCUAGGAGGCGCGAACUCCAAGGAUGGUCUGUCACUUUAUCCACUACAGUGGGUGCUCUCUGAAGCCGAAGCUCUUGGUCUCACGCUUGGAUUUCGACCAAUUGGGCUGGAAUACAAAGAGACAGCGUACAUCCAGGAGCCUCCUAAACCUUACAUGGACGAUCCCGUGAAGUUGGUCAUGCCGCCACAAUCGCAGCGCCAAAAGACCUCGAGCAAGCCGUCAGAAACGUCCCUGACACUUGAAAAUGGAAUUAGUGUUCGCCUUUGGGAUCUCUGCGACAUACAUGAGAACCGCAAGGACGAGUUCAAGGUGAAGAUCAACAGCUCGUACUGGGGUCCUGCGCACAGAUUAGUUUGGACAAUCAAACCUCGAUGCAUAUUCGACGAACACGUAUUGAUGGGCUAUUGCCCCACUUCACCUGUCGGGACUUUCAUCCAUCCAUCUGUGUAUCAAGUGCUCGAUGAGAACCCCAGCAUCAGCCAUGUGUCUGGCGGCUGGGCUUUCUCCAAAUCUCUCGCUUUGUUUCGUCACCGGGCCAUUCCAGAUGAAGGUGAAAUCUUCUGGCAAAAUUCGUCACCGGCCAUGCAGAAACGGCUCGAGAAAGUCCGUAUCUUGAUUUGUGGUGAUGCCGGGGUAGGAAAGUCUUCGCUAAUAAACAAAGUCCUCAAAGGCAACCUUCAUGAUGUAGAGGAAGAGAUUACGGGACCAGAUCUUCCAUACAUCGUUCACGACUCGGAAGGCUUCCAGUCCGGAGCUUCCAACAAGGAAGCCAGCGCUGUGAAAAAUUUCUUGACAACCCGAUCCAGAGAGCCUAAUCUCCCGUUGAGAGUCCAUACCAUCUGGUAUUGUAUACUAGCCGGAUCCGAACGCGAAAGUCGACCCGCCCGCGAGUCCGACAGAGAUCUCUUCAGAGUGCUGAACGAGUGCAAGAGUACCAUCCCUGUCGUGGUGAUAUGCUCCAAAGUGGAUCUACUCAGGGCGACAUACAAGGGCCAAGUGCCCGAGGAGGAGAACGACGACCAACUGACAUAUAAGGAGCGUCGCAGGUUCGUUGAUGCCAGAGUCGCAGAACGUGUUGAUCUGUUCAAAGCGAAGAUCAAGGAGGCAUUCGUGGACACCUCUCAAGGGUAUCCGUGCAUGGCCGGUCCAAUCUUCACAAGCGAGCAGGAUGCGGAAUCCAUCAAGAAUCUUGUUGAAGUCACAUCCAGCAAUCUGAAGAACAACCAAGUGAGAGCCAUGUUUUCUCAAGCGCAGGGAGUCCUGGUCGACGUAAAGGUCGAAGCAGCUAUAAAAGAGUCUCUGCGAUUAUACAAGCACGCCGUACGAACGAGCACGGUUCCGAUGGCCUAUUCCGGCAGUGUCUCAACCACAGUGGUAGCACCAAUGAUUGUGAGCGCAAUCAGUGGUAUCUUCAAUUUCCACGGCAUCAGCGGAGACAUCGCUUGGCGAUGUAUGGCCAACGUUCUGGUCAGCAACACUACUGCAAACGUGGUGCAGUUGUUUACGCAAGCUUUGGGUGGCGCUGGUGCCGUCAUGGUAGGGUCAGGCUUCGGAGCUGUGCCUGGAGCUGUAGUUGCCACGAGCGUUGCAGCUGUGUCCAUAGUAUCCGCACCCCAGUUCGGCAGAGCGUUGCUCAUGUGCGCUCUUGAUACCAUAAUCAUCCUGGACCAUGCAUUCUGGCAAUGCGACAACGACCAAAAAGAGGUUGAAAAGAAGGACAUCGACAAAUCCGCUGAAUGGUUCAACGAAGGUCCCUGCAGCAAGGUGCAUGAGGACAUCAUAUCUAUGAUUCGAAUUUGGAACCUAUUGGAUGCUUUUGACUACGACCGAAUCGAGAAAGAGAUGAAUGCUAUCGUCUCGCGGUACCGCUACCAGCCAGUCGUACAGAAUGUUGAGGAGCAUCAGCAGCCCUCCUCGCCGGAACCUGCUGCUGGCAAUCAAGUUGUUGAGAAAUCGUUCUGGCAAGGGUGGUUUGGUAGUUGA